AGCAAUGGAUCGUGGCAGAAUAUACAUACCGGCUUUCCCCUAGUUCAAAGUCUACAAACAAAGGUUUACAAUUUACAAUACAACCAGAAGUAAUCAUGUCGCUUACAAAAUUAAUUACUUUCUCGAGCCGACUUUCUCCCCGAAUUUGUAACAGUGCUUAUCAAAUCCAGCAAAGAUCUUAUGGGAAAAACGUCCUCGUAGAAAAAGUUGACCACAAUAUCACCACAAUUGGUCUAAAUCGUCCCGAGAAGAGAAACUGUGUCAAUUUGGAAACCGCUCGAGAAUUGAAUGAAGCGUUGACAGAGUUUGAAAACGAGAACGACAGUCCUGUCGCCGUUUUGUUCGGAAAAGGAGCCUCCUUCUGUGCCGGAUUAGAUUUGAAAGAAGUUUCCCAAUUUCCGAAAGACUUUGAUUUUAUCGCCAGUAAAAAUUACGACCCCAAAAAUGACGAUGGAAUCGGACCAAUGGGACCAUCUCGAAGAAUAUUUAAAAAACCUGUCAUUGCAGCCGUACAAGGAUACGCCGUCGCUGGUGGGAUGGAAAUUACUCUCGCGUGUGAUCUCCGAGUUGUCGAGCAAUCUGCAACGUUUGGAAUAUUUUGCCGGAGAUUUGGAGUCCCAUUAAUCGAUGGAGGAACAUUACGUUUACCACAUUUGAUAGGAUUAAGCAGAGCCAUGGACUUGAUUCUGACUGGGAGGGCGAUGAAGGGGAAGGAAGCGUUCGAAAUUGGCCUGGCAAAUCGACUAGUCCCUGACGGCACUGCGCUCUCCGCCGCUGUCCAGUUAGCAGUCGAAAUAUCAAAAUUUCCUCAAGAAUGUAUGAAUCGGGACAGAAUGAGUGCGUACUAUGCCAUGUUUUCCGCAAAGGAUUGGAAAGAUGCGGUUUACAAUGAGAUGGACAGGGGGCUGGACGUAAUUCAUAAGGAAUCUGUAGGAGGUGCUGGUCGAUUCGUAACAGGAAUUGGGCGACACGGAUCGUUUAAAUCUCCGGAAUAGAAAAAAUAAUGACCGAUUGAUUAUAUUACCGACAUAUAUUAUCUAUUUUCAAACAAUAGUAAAUCAAUAUUUGUAAUAAAAUAUUCUUCACCACGGAA